AUGAAAGCUUAUAAUAACCCUGAUCCCGAAGGUAACAACAACUCUAGAAGAAUCAAUUCAAGCAAUGGCUCCAACAACUCCUCGACAACGGAAUACGACAGUGAAGAAAACAGCCGCAGGAGUCCUAGCAGGAAUCCUACUGCUGUGAGAACCAGUUUGAGGAUGGGAAUGCCAUUCCGUCCCAUCCAACACCUAACUCACGAAGAACGAAGGGAGCGAGCGCGGCAAUGCCUUGAGCAAGCUAUUCGGCUUGUUCACGGUACCACCAGGGACAACAAGAGCUUUCGAAACGGUGACGAUCCCCGCAACCAUCACGACAAUCGUGGUCCACCAACGCAGUAA